AUGUCUUUCUUGACCAUCACAAAGCAUUUGGCCCGUUGUGCCACACGGAUUCUUAAAAGAAAUGUUUUUUCUUCUGGUCAGAUGCCGUCCAAAUUAACGCGUGCACAAAUGGCAACUUUUACCUAUGUGCCCGACACAGCACCGAGUGAAUACGGUGAAACAAUGAAAAUGAACUUAUUUCAAAGUAUCACAAAUGCCAUGGAAAUUGCUUUGGAAUCUGAUCCGACUGCAAUUAUUUUUGGAGAAGAUGUUGCUUUUGGAGGUGUUUUUAGAUGUACUGUUGGAUUGAAAGACAAAUUUGGUAAAGAUCGAGUAUUUAACACCCCCCUCAGUGAACAGGGAAUUGUUGCUUUUGGCAUUGGGGCAGCAACAACUGGGGCCACUGCCAUUGCAGAGAUUCAAUUUGCAGAUUAUAUCUUUCCAGCUUUUGAUCAGGCAUUAUUUGCUCAUGUUGCAGGAUUAAAAAUUGUUAUUCCUCGAGGUCCUAUCCAAGCAAAAGGUCUCCUUUUAAGCUGCAUUAAGGACAGAAAUCCCUGUAUAUUCUUUGAACCCAAAAUCUUGUAUCGAUCAUCAGUAGAAGAAGUCCCAACUGGUGCAUAUGAAAUUCCUUUGUCAAAAGCAGAGGUCAUUGUUGAAGGCAAUGACAUUACAAUGGUGGGAUGGGGAACACAGGUCCAUGUGCUCCGAGAAGUUGCAACUUUGGCUGAAGACCGUCUAAAUGUAAGCUGUGAUGUGAUAGAUCUGCGUACAAUUUUACCCUGGGACAAAGACACUGUAGUUCAGUCAGUCCAGAAGACUGGUCGACUCCUUGUGGCUCAUGAAGCUCCAGUAACAGGUGGAUUUGCAGCAGAAAUUGCUUCAGAAAUUCAAGCUGAGUGUUUUUUGCACCUGGAAGCGCCAAUCGAGCGUCCAUUCUUCCUUAGCUUGGUUACCCUAAUCUCUAGUGGUUUUAUUGGCAUUAUCUACCAUCUCUCCUUCGUUAGGUCAAAAAUUUCACUUUCAUCCAUUUCUUUUUCUCCUCUUUCUUUCCUCAAGAUGACUUCUUUUGCUGUUGUCACUUCUGCUUCAUUUGAAUACCCAACAUGUUCCUGUUUUGUAUUCAUUAUUAACAGCAACUACAUAUGCUUAUUUACAAAUAGUCAUUGUAGAGUUUUUCCUAUCACAGUUCAGGCAUUACUUUUCAUAUAA